UUUACAACAAGGUUUUAUUUAGUGCUGUCAAAUCGAUUAAUCGCAAUUAAUCGCAUCUAACAUAAAAGUUAGUAAAUAUAUUAUAUACAUACAUACACACACACAUAUAUUUACAAACUUUUUUGUUAGAUGCGAUAAAUCGCGAUUAAUCAAUUUGACAGCACUUAGUUUCACUCAGUUAGCAUGAACGAACAAUGAAAAAUACUUCUAAAGCAUUUAUUAAACUUAUUGUUAUUAUUAAUUUCAACAUUUACUAAUACAUUAUUAAAAUCAAAAGUUUUAUCUGUUAAAGGGGUGGUUGAUUAUGAUUUGACUUUUUUAACUUUAGUUAGUGUGUAAUGUUGCUGUUUGAGCAUAAACAACAUCUGCAAAGUUACGACGCUCCAAGUUCAAUGCAAAGGGAGAUAUUUUCUUUUACAGAAAUCACUUUUUAAGGACUACAACAAAUGACUGGAGCUUCUUCCCAGGUUAGUGACAUCACAAACCCCAAAAUUUACAUAAACCCCGCCCCUGAGAACACGCAACAAAGGGGGUGAGGCCAUGUUGGGCUGCUUUAGAGAAGAGGAAGAGUUGUUGUAGUAGAGUGUUGUUGUCAUGCCGUCAUUUUACACCGGACUGCUUCACAAACGAGGGUCAAUUCAACGCUGGAUUUGCACAAAAGAUUAACAUGACGGCACAUGCUAGUCGAUGAGUUGAAUCAACUCCACAGCAACUACAUAAAUUUAUCCACUAACCAUUCAGAAACGUCCAGUUUCAUUCUAAAAGUUGUAACUUCUUCCUGAGUCUCUCCAUCAGUGUCGACUCCGGUUUGAACAACGUAAGGCUGAACACCGUUACUGUAAUGAUGGGUCGGCAGAGCGGGGAUCCAGUUGCAGCUUUAUUAAGAAUAGUAGAUACACAGGUAGACAGGGGCAAAGGCAAGAACAUAAACAGGGACAGGCAAGGGUCGAGGCAGGCGGCAGACAAACGGUAUCAGGAAGCAGGCAGAGAUCAGGGCAGGCGGCAAACAAACACAGUCCAGUAAGCAGGCAAGGAUCAGGGCAGGCAGCAGAGAAUCACAACGAAUAAACAGUCCAACAGAAACAGAGUAAACAGUCCACAAGAAAACGCUUAGAGUUGAUCACCGGGGCAAAUCAAGACUUCGCAAAGGGUGUGUGUGUGUGUGUGUCUUAAAUAGUCCAGGUAAUGAUCUGCAGGUGUGUGUGGCAAUUGGUGAUUGGUGCAUGUGAUUGGAAGGGAGGAUUAUGGGAAGUGGAGUCCAGGAACUGACAGGAACAGACAGUGAUCGUGACAUAACGCCCCCCUUCCGGAAGGCGCGUCCUCGCGGCGUAAAUGGCACAGAUAGGGAGGGGGGGUGGGUACAUUGGAGACCUGUUGGCAGACGGGAACGGGGUCUCCAAUGCAGGUCCAGGAACUCGGGCAGCCACGGGGGGUCAGGUGCCACGGGCAGCCACGGCGGGUCAGGUGCCACGGGCAGCCACGGCGGGUCAGGUGGCUUGGGCAACCACGGCCGGUCAGGUGGCUUGGGCACCCACGGCAGGUCAGGUGGCUUGGGCAACCACGGCAGGUCAGGUGGCUUAGGCGGCCACGGUAGGUCAGGUAGCUUGGGCGCCCACGGCAGGUCAGGGUCCGUAGCCGGCCACAGCAGUUCACAGGCGGUUGAAGACCGUGGGCGUGUAAGGUCCCCACCCGCAAGCUCAAGCAAUUCGGAGGCCGCUGAUGAUCGCGGCCGUGCAGGGUCCCCACCCACAAGCUCCCCACCCUCAGGUAUAUGGCCCCCCCCCAAAAAGUUCUUGGGGAAUUCAACGGAGGCCGUGGCGGUUUCGUGGGUAAGGAGCUCGGGUGGCGCCGGCAGGGCGAGGAGCUCGGGUGGCGCCGGCAGGGCGAGGAGCUCGGGUGGCGCCGGCAGGGCGAGGAGCUCGGGUGGCGCCGGCAGGGCGAGGAGCUCGGUUGGCGCCGGCAGGGCGAGGAGCUCGGUGCCGGCCUCCGUGGCUGUAUCAGGGAGAGCGGAUUGCUCUGGGACGGCAGCGGACUGCUCUGGAACGGCAGCGGACUGCUCUGGGACGGCAGCGGACUGCUCUGGGACGGCAGCGGACUGCUCUGGGACGGCAGCGGACUGCUCUGAGACGGCAGCGGGCUGCUCUGGGACGGCCUCCGGGCCUACAGCGGGCUCUGGGAAGGCCUCCGGGCCUUGAGGGCUGGAGGAAGCCUUCUUCCUCCUCCUCCUCCGUUUGAAUGGUUGAGGCGGUGGCUCUGUGCCUACCUCCUCGGUGGGCGCUGCAGCGGGCUCACGGGGUGGAGCGGACUCACUGGCUGGGACGACCCCUAUGUUCCCAGACACUGGCGGGGCGGCCAUCUUGCCCGUGGGCACUGGCAAAGCAGCCAUCUUGUCCAUAGCAUCCCGAGAGGUUGAGUGCGUCGCAACCGGUGAGCUUGAGUGCGAGGCGGCCGGCGGGUUUGAGUGCGAGGCGGCCAGCGGAGGUUUAGGAAUGCCAGCCGCUCGUGCUGAAGUCAGCGGUGGAUCAGCCACACUGGAACGCAACCCUCUCCGCUUCCGGACAGAUCCAGAGACGUGACGUGAUUCUAGACGGUCAACGGAGAUUUGACUUGGCUCUGGAAGAUCAGCGGAGACAUGAUGUGAUGAUGUUGUGGCCGCCAUUUUAUGAAUGCUCUCUGUAGAGGCAGCCAUUACAUGAGGGGAUGAGGUGUCGCGUUCCUCCGCGACACCCACGGUAAAGCUAGAGCCACUCAUCUGUAAUGCCAGAUCUAUAUAUUGUUCUAGCGUCCCAUCAGGGUCAUGCAAUGGCAUGAUGGAACGGAGCGGAUCAGACAGUCCCCCGCGAAAGAAUAUCAUGAGGCAUACAGUGUCAAAGGUGGUUAAGUGUGCCAGUUCAAUAAAGUCCUUGACAUAGUCCUCUACCGUUCUGUCUCCUUGACGGAGACACAUUAACUGGACGGAUGGACUCAUGUUAGCUGAGACAGGAACACUCACGGUAGCUGCUGGAUCUUGUGUUGGCGAAGUCUUCUGUAAUGAUGGGUCGGCAGAGCGGGGAUCCAGUUGCAGCUUUAUUAAGAAUAGUAGAUACACAGGUAGACAGGGGCAAAGGCAAGAACAUAAACAGGGACAGGCAAGGGUCGAGGCAGGCGGCAGACAAACGGUAUCAGGAAGCAGGCAGAGAUCAGGGCAGGCGGCAAACAAACACAGUCCAGUAAGCAGGCAAGGAUCAGGGCAGGCAGCAGAGAAUCACAACGAAUAAACAGUCCAACAGAAACAGAGUAAACAGUCCACAAGAAAACGCUUAGAGUUGAUCACCGGGGCAAAUCAAGACUUCGCAAAGGGUGUGUGUGUGUGUGUGUCUUAAAUAGUCCAGGUAAUGAUCUGCAGGUGUGUGUGGCAAUUGGUGAUUGGUGCAUGUGAUUGGAAGGGAGGAUUAUGGGAAGUGGAGUCCAGGAACUGACAGGAACAGACAGUGAUCGUGACAGUUACUGACAAUCCUCAUUUUGGCUGAGUGAGAUUCUCCAGCUUUGUUGUUAUUGAGCAACCGAAGCGCGAGCUGUUAAAGCUCCGCCCUCUUCUGGAAAGGGGGCCGGGAGCAGCAGCUCAUUUGCAUUUAAAGGGACACACACAAAAACGGUGUGUUUUUGCUCACACCCAAAUGGGGCAAAUGAUCUGUGGGGUAUUUUGAGCUGAAACUUCACAGACACAUUCUGGGGACACCAGAGACUUAUAUUACAUCUUGUGAAAAUGGGCAUAACAGGUCCCCUUUAAUAUUAUUAAUAAAACUUUACAAUAGGAUCCCACUAGUGAAUACAUUUCUUACAAUCUUUGUUAACUUUAGUUAAUAAAAAAUAUAACUGUUCGCUGUUAGUUUAUGUUAUUGUUAGUGAUUAUAGUUUUAAAUGUGGAUAAUUUUCUUACAAAAAUGCAUCACUUCACUUCAGAAGGUCUUUAUUAACCCCCUGGAGUUGUAUGGAUUACUUUUCUGAUGAAUGGAUGCGCUUUUUUGGGAUUCAAAAUCUCACCCCCCAUUCACUCCCAUUAAAAAAGCUUGGAAGAACCAGAAUAUUCUUAAUAUAACUCAGAUUGUGUUUAUCUGAAAGAAGAUAGUCAUAUACACCUAGGAUGGCUUGAGGGUGAGUAAAUUAUGGGAUAAUUUUUAUUUUUAGGUGAACUAUCCCUUUAAGUAAUGAGACCUUAUUGUAGUGUUACCAAUUAAAGUUAUAGUUAGUGGUGUUUGCUAAGUCAAAACAAACCCUAAACCUUUUGCAACGUUUUCAGAUGACGCAGACAUUGCAAAGAUUUCAGAUGAUGGCAAUAUUGUAAUAUUAUCCUUAUACUGCAAUAAUAACAAGCACAAGUUGUAACUGCUGCAUGAAGUUAACUAACCACAUAACAUCACAGCUGUACAUCACUGCCAUAUGACACACUCAUCUCUGGCUGAUAACAGAAUACUUCCUAAAUCGUAACACUGAAAAAAGCAUUUUCUGUAAAGCUGCUUUGAAGCAAUAUGUAUUGUGAAAAGCGCUAUACAAAUAGACUUGAAUUGAAUUGAACCUGAGACCUGUGAGAUGUGAGGUCUAUCACAUCCUCCAAAAAAGUCAAUGCAUCUAUCAGGUAACCAAACAUUAAGUUGUGCAUUUGAAGGAGAAAGCAGCUUCUCAAAGUGCAUGUUGACCCGGAUGACCCUUAGUGACCUCUUCAGGUCAAGUUCAUGUGAUUCCGCUGUGCGUCACUGCUGACCUUUCUGAGACGUGUGUUUCAUGUCAAAACAAACACAUGCUAACACAAGUGACAUCAUUGGGUCAUGUGACAUUGAUGUUGCAUCAUCACAACGUUCAGCAAUGAAUGUGAAUAUUUCAUAAUGCAUAUGCUUUCUUUAAACUACUCUCAGCAGUUAUGAAAAAAGCACAUCUUAUCUGUAUAUAUUAUUGUUUAAAAUAUUAAUGUGUUUUUGCUUUUGGUGCUUUUAAAUGUAUUGUAGGCCUACUUUUGAUUCAUGGUAAAUUUGUUUGUGCGUUUAAACUUUUCUAAACUUUUUUAAAGUUUAACUUUAUGUACAACAAUGUACUUUGCAAACAAGUUAAUACAUAAUUAAAUGGAUAAUUAAAUCUUUUCUUAACUUUUUCAAAUGAACUUUAUGCUUGUAAAACUAUUUAAGAAAUGACAGCACCUUUCAUAAAAAUAAGUUUAUAUACAGUAUAUAUGUGUGUGCAUAUAAAUAAACAUUGUAUUAUAAAUAGUAGUAUUUAUGAAAGCAAAGCUUAUUUAAAAGCUUUAUUAUUAUAAUGUAUUAAACUUUAUUGAUAGUCUUGUUUGAAAGAUGAACUGAAAAUGUAUGUUUUAAUCGUUUGUACUGAAACACACACAGAUUGACUGUCUAAUUAAGAAUAUAUAACGCAAAUAUAACGCUGUUUCUUUAGUAAAAAUAAAUUUUCAGACCAGUUUUCACCUUGAUAAACUGCAUCAAAAAGCUCUAAAUAUCAUCGCUUGUUACAAACGCAAAUCUCAUGAAAACGAUUUACAGC